GUUGGCUGAGCUGGUACAUCUGUCCUUUUCCGUGGAGGUCCUUCCUGCAGCAGCCAGCCAGUGACAGGCAUUGGCGCGGACGCGUGUUGGUCAUAGAGUGUGUCCGGGAUUUGUGUCAGUUCCUCUAGCCGCACGGGGAGUUACUUUGUGUCAGUGCUGCAGAGUGUACGUAUUUUAGCGUUAAGUGUGUAAGUAUCACACUGCGGUCCCGAAGGUAGAUAAAACUGAACGAACGAGUCGAGGCCGUGGCCAGUGCCAGUAAGAAUUUACCGAAGGUCGAGGGUGGUGUAGUCUUUGGACACUAGUGAUUUGGAGUUAGUGUGCUCCCAUCAUUCCGUUUCUUAAUACUCUCCAAGGAGAGCCUGGUGUGAAGAUUGAGAGAGCGAGCGAGCGAUAAUUAGACAUCUAGCUGGUAUACGGUCCAUGUGAUCUAGUGACUAAAAAUGCUCAUCAAAGAAUUCCGCGUCACCCUGCCACUUACUGUUGAAGAGUACCAAGUGGCUCAGCUGUACUCAGUAGCAGAAGCUAGUAAAAAUAACACAGGAGGCGGAGAAGGUAUUGAGGUACUGAAGAAUGAACCAUUUACGGACUACCCACUGUUAGGAGGUAAAUAUUCCUCGGGACAGUACACCUACAAGAUUUACCAUCUAGCAAGCAAAGUACCGGCGUACAUACGUGUCCUUUUACCAAAGAGCUCGCUAGAAAUCCACGAGGAGGCAUGGAAUGCAUAUCCCUACUGCAAAACAGUAAUAAGCAAUCCUGGAUACAUGAAAGAUAACUUUUUUAUUAUGAUUGAGUCAUUUCAUAUUGCUGACACCGGCAAUCAAACCAAUGUCCACGAAUUACCUCCAGAAAAAUUAAAAAUUCGUGAAAUAGUACACAUAGACAUUGCGAAUGACCCGAUAAACAGCGCAGACUACAAGGAAGACGAAGACCCAACGAAAUUUAAGUCUGAGAAAACAGGUCGAGGGCCGCUGGUUGGCAAGGAAUGGAAGAACAAUGUGUCACCGGUUAUGACGUGCUACAAACUCGUGACAUGUGAAUUUAAAUGGUUUGGAUUGCAAACCCGUGUUGAGAGUUUCAUCCAGAAAGCUGAGAGACGUCUUUUCACCAACUUCCAUAGGCAGGUCUUCUGCUGGACAGACCGCUGGUACGGACUAACAAUGGAAGACAUCCGAGCAAUUGAGGACAACACCAAGGAAGAACUCGACAGGGUAACUGAUUUAUUGAUCAAUUUUAACUCUUAUUUUUUACUGCUCAAUCUCAGCUUGUUUUAUUUUUAUUUAAAAAUAUUUAUUUAUUUUAUUACAGCAAAGACACGAAGGCGAAGUACGCGGUAUGCGAGCUGAUGAAUGAACCCACGGUCGAAGUGUCUAGCUACUUUUAAAUAACCUUAAGUUUAUUUUCCCUAUCCUCAAUAUAUUAGACACCGAGAGAAUGAUUUAAAGAAGUAAAAUACAGCGAGAAAGAGAGAGCGAUCGAGAGAGAGAGAAAGAGAGAGAAUAAGAAUAAUAAUAAAAAAAUGUAAAAAAAUUAAUAUCUUAACGAAUGUAUUACUAUUAAUAAUUGUUCGGUCCACCACAAAGUGAUCCCUUUCACGUAAGACAGUUUUCCUCAACAAAACUUUUAUUUAGAUAUAUAAAUAUAUAAAUAUUUAUCAGUGUCUAAUAACAAUUAAUUAUAUUUUAAUUUAUUUACAAUUUACGAAUUAUUAAAAUGAAAAAAAAAAAAAAAUAAUAAACGUAUUAGAUAAAUGUAUUUACAGUCAAUGAUUAAUAUUAAUUCAAAUACAAUUGUGUAACGAGACGUGAGAAAAGAAAAGUAAUGAUUAAUAAUGCACUAGUAAGAUCGUUUGAUCAAUACUAGUACGAGUAAUAAGAGUUUAAAUGAUGAUAAAAAAAAAAUAAUAAAUGUAAUACACAUCCACGUACACAAAAGUUGAGUUUAAAAUUUAAAAUGUCGAUACAAAUAUAGUUAAUUAAUCAAUUGAAUAAAUAAUUAUUAAUUGAUAGUGUAGAGUAGUUAGUAAUAGUUAUGGACAUUUGUUAACUGGCGAUCGAGCUGAUAACGAAAGCAAAUUAAUAGGACAAGGAUGUUAAUCAUCAAUGAUUUUAAAAAUUUUUAAAUAGUUGAUUCUUGUAUUACUAAUAACUACUUUAAUGACACUAAUUUAAAAGUCCAAAAUAAUUAUAAUUUAUACAUAUUUUUUUAAUAUUUUAAAUAAUAAUAAUAUUAAUAAUAAUAAUAAUUAUUAUUGUUAUUAUUAUUUACAUGAUAAUGUGUCAUGUCUUUGCUAUUAUUAAUAACUUUUUAAUGCGCAUAUUCUUAUUUUUUUAUUAGACAAAAUCGAUUAAACGAUAUCGCAAGUAAGCUUCUGCAAAUUCCUUAGUAAUUUACUAGUAUCGUUGAUCAUUUUGUUUAUUACCAUUUAUUACGAGCAUUGUAAGUUAAAUAACAGUAUAUUAUUUACAAUAUUAAGUGAUAGUUACAAUGCAGCUCAUGCUUACGUCAACGAUAUGAAAGUAAACAAAUUUUAAAAAUGAAUCAUAAUUAAUUGUAAUAAUUAUAGUGAAAAAAGAAAAAAAUAAAGUGUCAAGAUUGUGUUAGAAUAUAUUUUCAAAAAAUUUCGUCUUUGUGUAUUGAUGGCAACAAUAAUAAUAAUUAUUAUUAUAAUCUUAUGAUAAAGAAAUAAUUUCCUUGAUCCGCGAGUUGCGAUUUAUCAAUUUAACAAAUAAAAAAUCAGAUUUCAAUAAUAAAAAAAUUUUCAAUGUUACUUGAAUGUCGAGGCUGCUUGGAAUAAAAAUCUAAAUAUUAUUAUUCUUAUUAUUUUGAUUGGUUCAUGAGAAAAAAUUAGAGUUAUUGAAUAAAUAUUUAGAUAUUUAAAUGUACUACAAAUGUAAAUUAAUCUUCGUCUAAGCGUGAGUUAAUUAUACCCGCGGGUAUUAUGUAAAGUUUUAAAGAAUAAAAGAUUUAAGAAAAAUAAAAUUUUAAAUGGAGUAAAAAGUUGAGAGUAUAACAAAGAACUGUAUUAGAAUAUUAUGAA